AUGCUGCAUUUAAAGCAUCCGUCCAAGUGGAUGUUGGCUCCUCUGCUCCUUCUCCUGGCUGAGCUCGGCUCCCACGCCCAACCCACUUACCAAUGGAGAGAUGCGGUGACGAAAGAGAAGCUGACGUGCCAGCAGUGCCCGCCGGGGACGUUUGUGGCGCAGCACUGCAGCAGGGACAGGCAGACGCAGUGCCAGCCCUGCCCCGAGCUGCACUACACGCAGUACUGGAACUACCUGGAGAAGUGCCGCUACUGUAACGUCAUCUGCGAGGAGCAGCAGGUGGAGGUGCAGCAGUGCAAUGCCACCCACAACCGCGUCUGCCAGUGCCGGGACGGCUACUACUCCGAGAUGGAGUUCUGCAUCCGGCACUCCGAGUGUCCGCCGGGCUUCGGAGUCGAGCAGCCGGUCACCAACGUCCAGGGCAACCAGUACCACGACACCCUCUGCACCUCCUGCAGGCUGGGGGGGAGCAACAGCACGCAGGGACCAGCUCUAGGAGCCGACGACUGUGAGCAAGCCAUGAUUGACUUUGUGGCGUACCACCAGAACAUCCCCAUCAGGAAGCUGAAGCGCCUGCAGCAGAUCCUGGAGCACUCGCCGAGGAAGCAGCUGCCGGCAACCAGGGCGGCCAUCCAGGAGAAGUUCCGGGCGUUCCUCACCCACCUGAAGGAGGGACACUACGAGGUCACCAAGGAGCUUCUGGACGCCCUGCGAGCCACCAAGCUGCACUCCAUCGAGGAGAAGGUCCGCGAGCGCUUCCUCCUCUACUGA